AUGGCUACCGGAUCUGUUCUUGUUACAGGAGGGACGGGCUAUAUCGGCUCCUUCACUGCCCUCGCCCUUCUUGAAGCCGGCUACAAAGUCGUCGUGGUCGAUAAUCUGUACAAUUCUUCGGAGGAGGCACUCAAUCGAAUCGAGUUAAUCUGUGGAAAGCGCCCGGAGUUUGUCAAUCUCGAUGUCAGAGACGAGGCAGCGUUCGACAAGGUCUUCGAUGCGCACCCGGAUAUUGACAGCGUGAUCCAUUUUGCAGCUUUGAAGGCUGUUGGCGAAUCUACUGAACGUCCGUUAGACUACUACGACGUCAACGUUCAUGGCUCGAUCUGUCUCUUGCGGUCGAUGGUACGCCAUAAUGUAUCUAACAUCGUCUUUUCGAGUUCAGCAACUGUAUAUGGAGAUGCUACUCGCUUCCCAAACAUGAUUCCGAUUCCAGAAGAAUGUCCCUUGGGCCCAACAAACCCAUACGGGAACACCAAAGUUGCAAUUGAAUCAGCCAUAACCGACAUGGUCAAUUCGGAAAGAGCUAGGGCAAAGAGAGCCGGAAAGCCUGAAGAUGCCGAGAAAUGGAAUGGUGCUUUGCUGCGGUACUUCAACCCAGCUGGUGCUCAUCCUAGCGGGAUCAUGGGAGAAGACCCCCAAGGCGUUCCGUAUAACUUGCUUCCUUUGCUGGCGCAGGUUGCAAAUGGAAAGAGAGAGAAACUCUCUGUUUUCGGCAAUGAUUAUGCGUCCCACGAUGGCACCGCCAUCCGCGACUACAUUCACAUCCUUGACCUUGCAGAUGGCCAUCUACAGGCCCUUAAUUACCUGCGUGCAAAUCACCCCGGCGUUAGAGCCUGGAAUCUCGGUACCGGUAAGGGAAGCACUGUCCUAGAGAUGGUCAAGGCCUUCAGCGCAGCGGUCGGACGAGACCUGCCAUAUGAGAUUGCUCCGCGUCGUGACGGAGAUGUCCUCGACCUUACCAGCAACCCGUCACGAGCCAACAAGGAACUUGGAUGGGUCGCUAAACGAGAUCUUCACCAGGCCUGUGAGGACCUAUGGAGAUGGACUGACAAUAACCCUCAGGGGUACCGACAGAGUCCCCCAGCAGAGCUGCUUGAAAAGGUGAAAGCAACAUCAACGUGA